UUUGUCUUAUACAUCUCCGUUCAGUCUCAUCUAGCUUCUUCGUUAUCUCAUCUCCGUUCACCCAAUCUCUCUCUCUCUCUCUCUCUCUUCUCACAACAUCUCGGAUUUCCAGAGAUAUUUGUAAUGGGUAAUGCUUCAUCAACGUUAACUCAGUAUGAUAUUGAGGAAGUCCAAGAGCACUGCAACAAUUUAUUUUCCCAGCAAGAAAUAGUGUCACUAUACCAGAGAUUUUGCCAACUUGAUCGGAAUGCAAAGGGUUUUAUUUCAGCCGAUGAGUUUUUAUCAGUGCCAGAGUUCGCAAUGAACCCGCUUUCUCAGAGGCUGCUUAAGAUGGUGGAUGGUUUGAACUUCAAGGAGUUUGUAGCAUUCUUGUCUGCUUUUAGUGCUAAAGCAAGUAUGCCGCAGAAAAUUGAACUUAUCUUUAAAGUGUACGAUACCGAUCGUAAUGGGAAGGUGACUUUCAAUGACAUACUGGAUGUGCUGCGGGACUUGAGUGGCACAUUCAUGUCAGACAAGCAAAGAGAGGUAUUACGGGGCUACAUUUAAUCCACAUUUUUAUUUUUCAUCAUAGCAUAUCUGUCCAUAUAUAGUUUGCAUUUAUUGCUCUCUCCAGCGGAAUAUGUAGGGGGUCUUUCAUAACAUAUUUGGAUUAAGUGUGAUGUUAUGUUGCUUUGUAAAGCAUGAUUAAAAUGCUUUUGGUGGAGCACUCUAACGUUUAGACAUGCAUACUUGUUGAUUUUGGUGUUAGAUUACUGUCAUAAGUACCACACAAAUCGUAUUGGUCUUUCUUCAUAUUUGCUUUGUAUAACUUUUCUGCGUAUAAUCUCUUGACCCUUUGAAUUGUGUAUAACAAUUGAUUUCAUAACUAUUGCUCUGGAAACCCGACUAUUUUUUGUAAUUUGAUUGAUACUAGUAAAUGAUGUAAAAGUCAUGGAUUUCUUCAUAAUUGUGUUGUCUUCUUUGACAAUAUAUGUGACAGCUUGGAUUGCUUUCCACAUUUUGUUUACUCGUGGUUGCAUUAUCUUGCUACUUUAGAUGUUACAGGAAAAUACCAAGUUCCUUGCUCCCUCUGUUUUAUGUUUUGCAGGAAGUCUUGAGCCAAGUUUUGCAAGAAGCUGGUUAUACGAGGGAAUCUUCUUUAUUGUUGGAUGAUUUUGUUAAGGUUCUUUGUCUUCCUAUUGUUUUUCCCGUUACAACUU